GCCUCGGUCCCUAAUAAAUUGGGACCACUUGCCCGUACUCCUAUCCAUCAACUAAGUCCUCGCAUCUUCGCUCCAUCGUCGGCCUCCCUUCCUCUUCUUGUCGACCGUAGCCUCCCAUGGCUUCUUCCACCGUUAGCCGCUGGCUGAGGCCCGAGGUCUAUCCCCUCUUUGCAGCGGUCGGAGUGGCUGUGGGAAUCUGCGGCUUCCAACUGGUCCGCAACAUUUGCAUCAAUCCUGAAGUGAGGGUCAGCAAGGAAGGUAGGGCUGCAGGAGUGCUGGAGAACUUUGCUGAAGGACAGAAGUAUGCAGAACAUGGUCUCAGAAAGUUCGUUCGCAAUAAAGCCCCUGAGAUCAUGCCAUCAAUCAAUAGGUUUUUCGCUGAUCCCAAGUGAAGCCUUUUGGACCAAAACAAUGCAAAGCAUUUGUGGUGGUUAUUACUCUUGUGUUCAACUUGGUUGCUCAUUACAAUAAUUAUGGUCAUGACAUUGGAUGACAGUUGUUUGUGAUGCUAUUGGACCACCAAAUUAUAUUAUGAAUGAUGUGUUUUUAAUCGCAUUAUGUCACCGUUGCUUCUCCUAGAGGUUAAGAAACUUGUUUUUUUUUCCAUGUACUGUGAAAAUAUGUACAUCCAUGGUUUGCUC